AUGAGCUUGAAGCAAGCAACAUGUUAUCCCAAUGCCAAGAAUAUCCAGAUUCCAAAGACGGGCUCAUGUCUGACGCAGCAUACGAAGGGAGAUCCAACGUGCAAAUGGCGCUUCGGUGAGAGAAAGGGCUCGAAUGAUGAACAUGGACUUUCUCCCAAGCUUCCCGGGAAAAUGCGUUCGAUAGUGGUCGUUUCUCAGGAGAUUGAUGCCUGGAGCAACUUCAAGCAGCAUUGA